CCACUUGGCUACAAACAUCACGUGUCUCAGCUCUCAGUGGAAGGAGGAAAGUGUGGGAGGGAGUUUGUCUUUGUGGUUGAUUUCGACUCGGAGAUCAUGGCGUCGGGAUUUGUAAAGACCCGAGACGGUCAAAUAAUAGCUGCCCUUGCUUUGAGCUGUGCUGCAAUAUGUGAUAGUAAGGAUAACAUCCGUUUGCUAGUUGCUGGUGGAAUGCCUGUAAACGCACGAGCCAAGACUGGGUGGACUGCACUGCAUGUCGCAGCGAUCAUCGGGCGCCCUGCAGCGGUGAAAUGUCUGCUGGAGUGUGGUGCAAAUGUCAAUGCGAGGAGUGACAAGCAGGAGACACCCCUACACUUUGCCGCAUUGUAUGGCAGAGUAAAGGAAGUAGAGCUGCUGAUUGCUGCCAAAGCGGACCUGGAAGCAGCCGACGAGAUGGGGGACACACCCCUGCAGUUGGCUGCGGCAUGGAACCAUGAGCGUGUGGUGAAUGUGCUUCUGAAGGCUGGUGCGAAAAUGAGAGACAGGGGCUUCCCGGAAAGGGCUCAUGCGUGCGUUAUGGAGGAUGUGAGCAACCUUCUCCUACAUCUUAAAUUGGAUGUAGGAGAAGAACAGUGAGGUACAUGCACACACAGUACAUGCACACAGCUCACGGAUACGUGUGAACAAUGGCAUUCAGGUAUUGUGGACAGAGAUGAGAAGAUGUUAAAGAGCUGAAUUUUUUUUCUGAACUGUGUCGUAAUAAGUGACUGGCAUCUGCCGCUGAUGUUCAUCUCAAUGUCAUUAAUAAUAAAUGUCAUUAAAUGUACUCCAUGCAUGUUGUGACUUUUAACUUCGUUUCUUGACAUCUGAGAAGGUGAUAAAAACUAUGAGACCAGAGUACUUGACUACAGCUUGGAUAUUAGACAAUGUAAAGUGAAAGUUAUUUUGGUUUCUUUUGGUGUGGUUGCAUCACAAUCUAUAAUUAACUAUUUAUAAAUAGUUAGAAAUGACAAAGUGCAUGCUUAAGAAUUCAAAGGUUUCUUGAAAACAGUUGAAAAUAUUAUUGAAUUUAGUUUUGUCCUAUUUUAAUUACAAAAUAAAUAUUGACUAUGGCAAUAUAGGCUUUCAUUUAUUUUACUGAUGGAAUAUUCUCAGGUUACCAUCCAAGUAACAGUGUCGCACUAUUACUAUGUUGCCACUUAGUUUUUCCUUGUUCACUUGUCACAGUGAUCAGAUUUCAGAGGAAGUCCUCUUUAGUGCAUUGUUGAGGAAACUCUUGCUUCCUACAUUAGCAUGAGGCUUGUUAAUUGCAUCCCUUCUGAAGUGAGAAUGUUGGGCAGUGGAAGUGGAACUGGGCGUCCAGUUAAAGGACUGCCUGUCACGCCUUCAGUGGGGAAAUAAAAUGGUGCAUCCAGAAAUUAAGUUCAGAUUGAUAGUGAAACAAAAAGAAUAUGGAUACAGAAAGCCACAAAUCUUAAACUACCAGUCUACAUAGUUUGUGCUAUUUUGUAGACACUAGUCAUAGUGUUGCACAACUUUCUGCAAGUAUUCCUCAAACAAAUUUGCCACAUGUGUUGCCAGCCGUGUGGUAACCUGUAUUUUGAGCUCGUAAUAAUCGUUGGAUCAAACAGACUUGACAGUCCUGUAAGAUUUUGUGUCUUCUUCAGUGAGGUCGGAUGUUUUCCAGAAUCAAAGCUAUAAAAUUUGUGAGCCUUCUAAGGCUCUUAUUCCAUACUCAGCAGUACAGUUUUGUAAAUGUUGUAAACAUUUACAUAGAUUAUCUGCCUUGCUAGGAAAAGAGGGAGAGAGCACCAUAUCUGGCACCCAACAAGCAUGGUUUGGGAAAAUUUGGUUUUUGAGACAGGGUUUCAUAAAGUGAUCUUAAUUUUUGCAGAAAGCUUGUAAACAGAUCAUACACUGUAAACUUAAGGGUUUCCUUUGACGUCUUUGACUGAAUGAUCCAAUUCUUAGUUUACCAAACAUGGACACCCACUUUGUUCAUAGUAUGUUUCAUAAUGUCCUUCAUUGAACUGUUGGCUUCAUCUCCUUACUGUUGAAUAAUUUGUUGCAUUUGAACCAUAAACUGCACUAAUCACUUGACGCAUCUCGCAAGUGAAAGGAUUUCCAGUCAGUUCUACCAUUAUAAACAAGUAUUGUACAGCACAAACAAAACAGAGAACUCGGAAUGGUGUCUUCUCUUUCUCCUCUACUCAAAGCAACUACGACACGUGCCAAACUGCAAUUGUAGUGCCGCAGUGAAAAGAAAUACAAAUGGAACUCACUUUGUGGAUGCACCCCAUGUUAACCUUUUUGUCAUUAUCAUAAAAGACAUCAGGGAUUGAAAGAGCAUUUUUAUUAGCAAGUCAACACAGUUUGAGGAUUCAAAAUGUGAGCCGGCUGGAGUGGCCGAGCGGUUCUAGGAACUACAGUCUGGAACCGUGCGAUCAACUACGGUCGCAGGUUCGAAUCCUGCCUCGGGCAUGGAUGUGUGUGAUGUCCUUAGGUUAGUUAGGUUUAAGUAGUUCUAAGUUCUAGGGGACUGAUGACCUCAGCAGUUAAGUCCCAUAGUGCUCAGAGCCAUUUCAAUCAUUUUUCAAAAUGUGAAAUAGAUUGGAGGAAGCUAUUGUGAGUGGCCUGUUUUUUCUCUGAUAAAGUGUCAGUGUAGAGUAUAACACAAAGAACUUUCACACUUCGUAUAAAAUAAGAGCCAUAUGCAUAUUUUGAUGGCGACAUGUUGGAGAGUAAAAGUAUAGUUCGGUACGUCAGUCAGACACAAAGUGGUGAGUGUUGGCUGGGUGUACCACUGAAGUAAAACUAUGGAAGUUAUCACACCUGACUGGAAACGCAAGGGUACUAUCGAUAUGUACAAACAAUCUAGUAGCAUAGUUUUCUGUAACAGCUCAUUGAACAAGACCGUUUCAUGUAUGCUGUAAUGAACAGGGUAGCUUAAGUUCUAAUCGUAUGGCAUUAGGUGAACAUAUGAAUGCAACCAAACGGAAAUGCAGGAUAGCAUGAGCAUAAUCUACACGGUGGAUACUAGCUCAUUAUUAAACAUGCCAGAUGAAUUAGACAGUGGAAACUCCAGGUUGGAAUAUCAUCAAUAUUAGGAAAAGGACAGAUGCCUGGAACAUAGUUAAAAGUGAGAUAAACAUAGGGGAGGAAGAAAUCGGUUACUCAAUUAAUUGCAACACUCUCAACAAACACUUCAUAAAUUCAGUAAAUGCCCAGGUACCAAAAAGUGAUGAUUUAACUGAUGCGGAAGCUUUUCUUUCACAAUCACAGAAUAAAACAGAUAAAAGAUUUAGCUGGAAUAGAAUAACUGCUGCAGAUAUAAAUAAUUCUGUAAACAAGUUGAUCAACUCUAGAACAGAAGACUACUAUGGGUUCAGUAACUUUGUAAUAAAGGCUAUAGUUAAGGAAAUUAGAACUCCUCUACCUUGCAAAUAAAAUUAUUGAUGUUGUCAUUUUCCCUGAUUGCCGCAGAUUUACAAGUAUUUUGAGAGCAAUAAAUUACUUAAUGACAGCCAGUUUGGGUUUAGAACUAAUCAGUCAACCAUAAAAGCUAUUUGAAAGCCUCCGAAAUCCACAACGCUUUUCAAAGGAAACUGACCACCUGUGCAACACUCAUAGACUUAAGCAAAGCAUUUGAUUCAGUAUCACAUGAGAUAAUUGUUAAAAAAUUAGAAUAUUAUGGUAUUGCAGACAAACCACUUAAUUUGAUUAAGUCAUACCUAAAUAACAGGCAACAGUCAGUGUAUGUGAACAAUGAAAGGCCAGAUUUAAUGAAAAUUAAGAGAAGAGUUCCACAGGGCUGCGGUUUUUGGCACUUCCUAUUUCUUAUCUGUUAAUGACUUCUCAAACUAUAUAGCCUGCAAAAAUGUUUUAUAUGCUGAUGAUAUGACCAUGAUCCCCACAGGUGAGAGUAUGCAAGAGGUGGUAAACAAAAAUAAUGAACUUCUUGAAAAAUGUAGGGUGUGGUGUAUUGCUAACGAGUUAUGUAUAAACAAUGCAAUAACAGAGGAAAUUUAUUUUAGUCUGAAGGUAGGAAACCAGAGAAUUAAAGUGUCAAACUACUUGGACUAAAAAUAGACCGAAGGCUCUCAUGGGAUGACCAUAUAAGCUAUCUGACAGGCAAACUUGCACGCGUAAUAGUCCUGCUGUAUAAACUAAGAAAUUCCGUUAUUAAAAGUUUAUUGAUGCUUUGCUACUAUGCAUUCUUUCAGUCACAGCUACAAUAUGGGAUUCUGCUAUGGGGUAAUUCACCAGGCACAAACUGUGUAUUCAAAUGGCAAGAAAAGCAAUUAGAUGUUUACAACGAUUGGGUCCAAGAGAAAGCUGUAAGGAGCACUUCAGUAUAUUAAACAUAAUGACACUCCCAAGUCUCUAUAUGUAUAACUGCUUUAUAUACGUAAAAGAAAAUAUAAAACAGAGAAAGAAUUUACAUUUGCACAGUACUCGAAAUAACUGCAAGCUUGAUAUACUGCAUUCUAAGCUAAGUCUAAAGUUUAUAAUAUAACUGCCACAAUCAGUCAAAACCCUCACCCACUUUAAGGAGGUAUUAGACACAUGGCUCAAAAAUAAAGCAUAUUUCUCAAUUGAAGAAUAUCUUGGAAGUAAUUUGAAAGGAAUGUAUAAACAAUGAAAUAAUGUAACUAUCAUUAACUGAAUGUGUAAAACCGUAUAACUAAUACUUGAACGUAAACUGUAUAAUGAUUAUUGCUGAAAUUGUCUGAUUAGUAAGAAGUUUAUGUAUUUAUAUGUAUAUGUAAAACGAUGA